AUGGAGAAAAAGAGAGCUAUUGCUUACCUUAUUCAUCGGGACUAUGCAGCUAUAGUGAAAGAUUUUGUCAAACUUGAUUUCAUUCCAGAUGGGGUUAAUUUGGAACCCAUCUUGCCUAUUUUGGCCAAGUCUUUUGAUCAGGCACUUGAAGGUGGUGGAGCGAAAAAUAUCAACUUUCAGGAGCAGUCGUUAGAUUUGGCGCAGAUAACAUUUGACUAUCCAUUUAGGAUUCCACCUUAUUUUGCUCUUAUAAUUAGAGCAAUAGGGGUGUUGGAAGGCAUAGCUUUGGUGGGGGAUCCUGAUUUUGCUAUCAUAGAUGAAGCUUAUCUAUAUAUUGCACAGAGGCUCCUGACCGAUGAAUCACCAUGUCUAAUGAGUUCUUUACGCUACACAAUAUAUGGAAAAUUUGGAGUUUUUGAUGCUGAAAGAUUCAUAGAUGUUAUGCAAGCCUUUGAGAAUUUCAUAACCGCAGCCAAAAGUGGAGGUGGUGAGGAUCUGAACGGGGAUAUGACUGAGCUUGGUAUUCUGCAAAUUCAAAGACGCAAUGCCCCUGUAUUUCCAUUUCCAUUUAGUUCAUCUCAAUCAGAGCAGCCAAUUCAAACAAGAGCAGCCUUAGCAUUUCUAUUGUCAGAGAAGGGCAACUUUUUUCGAGAAUUUCUUUUGGAUGAGAGGCUCCUGACUGAUGAAUCACCAUGUCUAAGGAGUGCUUUACCCUACACAAUAUAUGGAAAAUUUGGAGUUUUUGAUGCUGAAAGAUUCAUAGAUGUUAUGCAAGCCUUUGAAAAUUUCAUAACCGCAGCCAAAAGUGGAGGUGGUGAGGAUCUGAACGGGGAUAUGACUGAGCUUGGUAUUCUGCAAAUUCAAAGACGCAAUGUCCCCAUAUUUCCAUUUCCAUUUAGUUCAUCUCAAUCAGAGCAGCCAAUUCAAACAAGAGCAGCCUUAGCAUUUCUAUUGUUAGAGAAGGGCAACUUUUUUCGAGAAUUUCUUUUGGAUGAGUGUGCUACUGGAGUAACUGGACUUAAUGGUGUUACAUGA